AUGGACGCGCGUGCGUACGCACAAAUUAAAGAAGACUUGGACACGAAAGAUUGCCAUUUGAAUGCAAAUAUCGAUGAGAAACAACUAAGAAGCAAAGUAGAGGAUCAAUUCUCAGAGGAUUUAAAAGAAGUCGCGGAAGAUAUUCCGCUUGUACUUCUUCCAAAGAAAAAGGUAUUUUUCAUCUUCUUCUAUACAAAAAAAUUCUUAUUAUUUUUACAGCACUUCAUUUCUGCAGAAUGUGUCUUCAGUUUUGGGCGAUGAAUUUCUGGAAUAUUCUCUUCCUGAAAAUAGUGGUACGACACCCGAGUUUCAGUUUUCGGAAACUUGUAAGUUUUUAUUAUCAUUUCAUCUUUUUUUUCAAUUUCCUUGUUUGAUUUUCACUUUGGUUUAAUUUUCAGCGACGCUGGCCUCAGCUUUCGGAUAUGAAAAGAAGAAAAAUAUGUUGGAGCCGAUGGAUUCAGGGGCUACAAAGAUGAAGGAUAUGAUGAAAAAACGUCGGCCGGUGUAAUUUUUUCACGUUUAAAGAAGAAUUCGAAAAAAUAAGAACCUUAAAGUUUUUUGGGUAUACUUUGCCGUGGUUAUGCACUAUAUUUAAGUUUCUUUAUUAUUAUUUUUCAGGAAAUCCCCUGAACGGAUUCCCGACCCAGAACCAGUGCCUGAUGAGCCCAAAAUAGAAGUUGUUACGAUUGAAGAGGUGCUUUUUUUGAUAAAUUUAAGCUAAUUUUUAUUAAAAUUCAGGAAUCGGAUCUAGAAAUCGAUGAGCAAGGCAUUCCGUUGAAACCAGAAAUGCAGUUUCCUGUUGUAAAUUAUUUAUUCUUUGAUUGUAGUUUUUUUAAAAGAUUUUUUUAGAGCCAAUAUAUAGUCUUUGGAAUAAGAAUGUUAGAUAUUUUCAAUUUUCAUUGAUUAUUCAGUACAAUCCACUCCAAGCCGCGACGCGACGCGAGAAAUCCAAAAAUGGUCGCAGGCGAAAAUGGCAAACGCUAGAAACCGAAUUGUUUUACAGUAGGUUCUUUUCAAAUUCUUUUUUUUUUCAGUCAUCACAGUAUCUUUUUUUCGCUGCGAAAUUAUAUAUUUCUGAUUUAUGUGUUGAAGUUAUUGUAUAGGUGUGUAUCUUUAAUUCUAACUCGUCAAAUUACCUGGUGCUUGCAUUAUUGAGGUGAAAAGUUCCAGUUCUCAUUCAAAACCUUAUAAAUGCGCGGUUUUUGGAGACCUUACCCUCAAACUACACUUAACCACCCGUCGCAAGUAGUUUCUGGUCGGGCGAGCUCAAAAAUGAUUUUAGAAAAUCAAAACAGUUCGAGGCUUCACGAAGAAAAAAAUAGAGGUCAUUUUAGAUUAGAAGUCUUUCUGUUCGAUAAUUUUAAGCAAUAUUAAUUUUUUUUUUCGCGUUUUUUUUCGAUUUUUACAUUUUCUUUUGGUUCAGUGAGAAGCUGAAAGCGAAUGCUUCAUCCACGUUUUUCAGAGUUGAUCAAAGUAACUGGGGUCAAUUUCGACAUGAUGAGCGAGUUCAUGCCGUCAAGAACUGCAGAUGAACAUCGAGCCAAGUAUAAAAAAGAGUACAAAGUUGAUUUUGAGCGAAUGAGUCAAGUUUGAAAGUGAGGAUAAUUUUUGAUUCAAAAUGAUUUUUUCUAGACUUUGAGUUCACCUGGCGUUUUGGACUCUGAAGUCUUGGAAGAAAUCAAAAAACAAGACGUCGAGAAUGAAAAAAAUCGGAAUUUGCCGUUGAAAAUGAAACAAGCAGUGAGUUGAAAUGAUGAAAAAUUGAAAAAGAGAAUAAAAUCAUUCUGAAAGUUUAGCAAAAACGAGAAGAGGCAAAGCAAAGGACUUUGAAGGCGAGAACUGAGAGAAAAGCGGCGUGAGUUCCAUUUAUUUUUGGGGAGUCACAGAUAAAUUUGCAUUUCGUGGAAAUUGCUUUGAACACAUUUGCAAUAUCAUCGAGCGAUGAAAAGUUUUUAACUCUAAAAUUUUAUGACUUGUCUGUGCCCUCUCAGUCCCUCGUCGAUAUUUUUUUUUCAAAUGAUCUUUAGGGAAAAGAGAGUCCAGACAGGUUAGACUGCUUCAAGUCGUAUCUGAACAGGCGUAAAAGAAAAAUUUUCAAUUCAAGCCAUCAUUUUCAAUUUUUUUUUUCUAUACCUUUUCAACCCUGAAAAGCGUGGUAAUCUCUGCGUUCUCCAUCAACUAGACAGUCUCUCAUUUUUUCCGUGUCGAGACCCGUUUUUCGAUGGCUCAAGUCAUCCUUGAAUCGGCUAAAAUUAGUUCUCACAUACUUUGAUAGAAAUCAUUAGGCGUUAGAAAAACACUUUUUGCGUUCAUUUUUCAGAAAAUUCACUAAAUUUGGAAGCUUUUACCACGCAGAACUUGUGCUCAAACGCCAAAAAAAUGGAAAAAAAAAUGAGAAAAAAAGACAAUGCAUUGUUUCUACGUUCCAGGUGAAAAUUUUUUUUGGAUUUCAAUCAAAAUUAAAGCUGCAAAUAUAUUUUUCUUCAAAAAAAUUACAGAUUUUAGAUCUCUGAAACAUAAACAGGUUGAAAUACGUAAAUAUUCCUUUCGAACUCCAUUUCGGUCUGUUCAUAUGCUUUUUUCAACACCGCGAAAAUUCCUUCCAGAAAAGCGGAAGCGGCUCUGAAACAAAACGUGGAGAAGAAACAACAACGCGCCGCGGUCAAAGCUCAGCUUCUGGCCAGAAAAGUUGGAAAAACGGAAGAAUCUCAAAAGUACGACACGAUUUUAUGUCAAAAAGAUGUCUCAGAAACCAAGUUUGAUUAUUCGCCGAAGAGGAAGACCGCUAGACUAGAAAAUACUCAAGAAAAAUUGGCUCUUGAAUAA